GAUUCUAAUGCCUAAGGGAAAGAGAAUAAGUAUUCAAUGUAGUCCAGCCCAGAAUGCAGCCUCCUCAGUGGAAACUUCAGAACAAUCCAUGGUCCUUAAAAAGUCAGUUAUCAAAGGGUAUCACGCUUUUCAAAUAAGACCACCAUCAAUUACAUCCCCAACACGUCUAACUGUAGAGCCUGAAUAUACAAAUAUCCAUGAUACUGAUGCCUGCUUGGUGUGGUUGCCGCCACUUGAGUCAUUCCAAACAUUGUUACAUGAUAGUGUCACUGACCAAAAACGCCAGCUAUGGUUGCGAGAUGUAGCAGGACUUCCAAUUGGCCAUGUUCCAUGAGGGAUAGCUGGCU